UUUCUCAUCACUUAGACGUGCCGAUAAAGUACUUAAUCAUUUUAAUGAGUUUAAACCGGAAGAUUAUGGAUUACCUUCAUUCUCAGAAGUAAUUCAUUGAAUAAAUGUAACAAAGAACUUUCUGAAAUAAAUAAAUCUUUAUAAUCUUAUAAAAAAUGUAAUAUAACAUUGACAUAACCUCACUUUUAUCUGUCAAAAAAAGUUUGUAAAGGUUAUGUUUGGAAUAUUUACAAUUUUUAAAUUAAUCUAAAAAUGUGUGAUUCUGAAAUGAAAUCGACGGAGUGUCCGAUUUGCAAUAAAAAUUUUCCAUUAAAUAAAAUAGAACAACACGUCAAUACAUGUUUAUUUUUAAAUUCAAAGGAAAAUGUGCCACAUUCGAAAAGAAAAAGAACACCUUCACCGGAAUCCAAAUUAAACGCACAAAAAUCACCUAAAUUCACGUUUAAAAGUUCACCAAAAUCAUCUAAAUUAGCAAAUAUUUUUGUACGACCCAAAGAUGAAGUACCUUCAACUUCGGUGAAACCGAACAACGAGCAAAAAUUAAAAGAAAAAACCGAAUGCGAUUUAAACUUUAUGGUACCGUUAGCAAAACAAGUUGUUCCAAAAACUUUAAAUGACUUCUUGGGUCAACAACAUAUCUUGGGAGAUGAAUCGGUUUUAAAAAAUCUUUUAGAAAAACAAGAAAUCCCAAAUAUGAUCCUUUGGGGACCACCCGGUUGUGGAAAAACCUCUUUGGCUACAGUUAUUCAAGAGAUUUGUAAAGCAAAUAGCACCAAAUUUAAAUUUGUAUCUUUAUGUGCUACAAAUUGUGGCGUUAAGGAUGUCCAAAACAUUGUUUCUUCUGCAAAAUUAGAAUCAAAAUUCAAAAAAAGAACCAUUCUCUUCAUGGAUGAAGUUCACAGAUUUAAUAAAAAACAACAAGAUACUUUUUUACCUCACGUUGAAAAAGGUGAAAUUAUUCUAAUUGGGGCAACCACAGAGAAUCCUUCUUUUACAAUAAACAACGCACUUUUAAGUCGAUGUCGAGUUAUUGUAUUUCAAAAAUUAACCGAUGAGGAUCUUUUAACAAUCUUAAUAAAUGCGGCGAGACGAUUUAACGUUCAAGUUAUUCAGGGGGGUUUUGAUGAUCGAGGUGUAUUAGAUACGGUUUGUAUUGAAAAAACUGCUUUGAAAUGGCUCGCUGAUGUAAGCGAUGGAGAUGCUAGAAUCGCGUUGACUAAUUUACAAUUAGUUUUACAAAACAAUCGUGAUAAAAAAACGAUUAUAAACGUUGAAGAUAUAAAAGAGGGGAUUCAAAAAUCUCAUUUACUUUACGAUAGAAAAGGGGAAGAACAUUACAAUAUCAUUUCAGCCAUGCAUAAAUCUAUAAGAGGAUCUGAUGCGGAUGCCGCGCUUUAUUGGACCACAAGAAUGAUUGUAAGCGGAGAAGAUCCAAUGUUUAUAGCUCGAAGAAUGGUUAGAGCAGCUAGCGAAGAUAUAGGUAAUGCAGAUCCGAACGCUCUUCAAUUAGCUAUUUCAACAAUGCAAGGGUGCCAUUUACUCGGAAUGCCGGAAUGCGAUGUAUUGUUGGCGCAAUGCGCGAUUUAUUUGGCAAGGGCCCCGAAGUCGCGCGAAGCCGAUUCCGCUUUGGCAGAAGCGAAACGAGUCAUUUCGGAAUGCCGCGGAUCUCAACCCGAAGUUCCUAUGCAUAUUAGAAACGCACCGACGAAAUUAAUGAAAGAUUUGGGGUAUGGGAAGUUAAAACCGGGGGAAAUUCCAUCGUUUAUGCCAAAGGGAUUAGAAGAUGUUUCAUUUUUUUAAGAUUAAAAAUAUUAUUAUUAA